AAAAAACUUGUAAUAGAAUCUUCUUUCUUGAUGCUCGAACAAAUCUUAAUUAUUUCUUCAACAACUAAAAACUUCAAUGAAAGUAUAUUUAAGAUAACUUAUGAUGAUCGAAUAAUUAAUGAAAAUAUUCAGUCUCAACGAUGACUUACAUUCAAGUUAAAAGGUUCUUUAUUUUAAAUCUUUAGAUUAGGCUCGUGUAGACAUUUCCGUAAUUUCUUUGCAGAUAGUAGAAUCCGUAAUAAAUCUAGAAAAUGAAAUUAAUGAUUGUUUAGCAAGCAUAUUGUUCGUAAAAUCAAAUAUUAAACUUAUCUUCUCUUUCUGCUUAUGUAUAUUCUGAUAGGCUUGUAUACAUAUUAGAUUUUCCAUUAAUUCAAGGCGAACCUCUCAAUCUCUAUCACAUAUAUUCCAUUCCAAUCCAACAUUUUAAUUCCUCUCUGCAUACAACCAUCCUACCUGAGCACAUGCAUUUGGCUACAAAUCCUAGCGGUAAUAUAUACGUAUCUACGAGCGACCUCACUUCAUGCAAGUCCUACGCUAUAAAGAAGAAGAUCUGCACCUCUUUUGUCGCAUAUGAAGCAGCAUCACGUCCAUUAUGUGAGCUCCAGAUCCUGUUAAGCAUUUCAAAGACUUUACCUGAAAUUUGUACCACAUCCACAUUUGAAGCAAGAAUUAACACUUUUCAAAACAUUGACAACAACCAAUGGCUUUACAUACUUACAGAAGACACUAAUUGUAUACUUCAAUGUAAAACGGAAGUUACACAUCAUAAAUUACAAGGAGCAGGCAUUUUAUCCUUACCGGAAAACUGCAAACUUUAUACUGGGUAUAGUACGCUAACAGCCUUUCAAUCUAUUGAAGAAAAUGUAACAUAUCCUGUAAUAGUUCCAGACAUUAGAACAGACGAUUGCUUUGAAGAAUACAAGAACUUUGAAGCUCCAAACUUAAUUCCUAUUAAAAUUAAUGAAAUGCCUUUGGAUUCACUGAAACAAAUAAAACAUCAUGUCGAUAAAUUUAAGGAAAGCUUAGAAAAUAUGAGAUCUCGACCAAUCUUACAAAGAUAUUCGUCAACGUUUACAUGGAUAUACUUCGUGUUAUUCAUAACAAUGCUAGGAUACUUCAUUUAUAAAAUUAGCAAACGUUGUCCUAAUGGAUUACUCCUGCGUAACCGAAGACCAAGCCGUGAUAAUAGUUGUAUACAAAUAUUUAACAACUGUUUUUCAAACACAUCACGACGUCAGAGAACCCAAGUUGCCGUCCCGAUGACUACUAUAGCAACAAGUACCUGCGUAACGGAAGACGAAGAGGAAAAUGAAGAAAAUUAUCCAAGAACUUCAACACCGAGAGUUCAAAGAUUAAGCUCUCAAGCCCAAUCUUUAUUCUAAG